AUGUUUCAAUUGAGGAAGGAGUUGCUUGUGCAAAGUGCCCCCGCUGACCAGGGGUCCGCUGAGCCCGCGCAGGGCUCGCAGUCUGAAGUUUUGACUGAGAACGACAAGUACAAAGUGACGCAGCACCGCUACAGUGACCUGGAGCUGCCCCCGGGGGCCAUUGGGACAGUAGAUACGGCACUGCAGAGGGCGCUCGUUCAAGUGCCCGAAGUGCUGUACAUUUGGGACUACACCUCCCUGCAGGGAACCCCACAGAGAAGUAGGAUCAAGCUUCCUGAAUUUGCAGAAGGUGAAACGCCGCUGUGUUUACUGACCGGUGGUGAUGCUGCCAAUGCAGGCGGUAGUAACGGUAUUGUCAUUGUGUACAGAUCCUCGGGGAAAGUUAUCUUCUAUGAGAACGUCGACGCGGUCAACAACUUGUACUCGAAACUGUCCACGGAAUUGCUCUCGCACCAGCUGGACUUGAAACUGGACGCGAGCAGAGGUGAGUGUGUCACGAGGGCACUUGCGAUGGACCCUGUCGGGUGCGUGUUGGCGACCUCAGAGGGGAGAGUCCUCUUCGUGUCGCUACGGGAUUCCGUGGGGAGACCCAACGUGCGUGUCGUGAAGCAAUUGAACAAGCCAAGACACACUCGGUUUAACUUUGGGUUUAGAGGUACAGCGUCCCCCCGUGACACAGUCGUGUCCCUGAGGAGGGGCCCUCAAACGAACAAGGACGAAAACACAUGCUACAUCACUACAGCGCGUGGACAGUUCCAUAUCUGGAGACUCGUGGGGGCCUUCAACGCGUACCAGUUACUCAAUGUCAACAUCUACAACGCGGUGCUCGAAUCCCUCAGGGACUUGUACCCGUUCGCAUACAACUCGUUGCAGAUACUGGACUCGCACCCUGUAGACACAAGUGGCGACCCAACACGCCACAUAUUCCUGUCGUCGAUCUCGGACGGACAACAGAAGAACUACUACAUACUCUCCACGGUCAUCUUCGAUUUAGAACUCAAAACUUUCUCCGUGUUUUCCACGUACAGACUGAACACGUACCAGGCACCCCUAGCCGGGCCGACCCUGCCUCAAUUGAUGAUCCCAGAGAGAGAACCCUCGCAGGAGAUAAUCAACGUCGUAGUACAAUUCCCACACAAUGUCGUGUUAACGCAAAUAAGUUCCAAAUUUGACUUGAGCUUCACGCUGAAAAGGAAAUGGGAGGACAUAUUGUCCUUCCGCGAUGACGUAUACUUCAUUGGCACUGGUUACAACACCUCCCAAUUGUUCCUCAUGUCCAUAUGCGGUGACUCGCAGUGCAAAAUCGUGCAGGUCGACUUGAAGGGCACCAACGAGACGGAACACGGCAGGAACAGGUUUGUGAAAAGCCAUGUCGAACAGGCCGUGUAUUUCCAGUCCACAGCACAGUCGACCCCCAUCGAGUUCAACCUCUCCGACGACAUUUACCUCGAUGAACAGAUUGUCAGCGAGGAUUUGUCCAUUUGCAGCGAUGACAUCUUCCACUCAAAGAGCAAGUUCAUUUUGUCCUCGGGUGAGGUGAACUUACUGGGGAACCUCAAGUCAAGACUGAUGUACUACAACAACUUUCUGAACUUUGUGGCUCACAAUUUCAAGGAAAGAACUUCCCCGCAAUUGAAGUGCACCUUCAUCGAAAAAUACGAGAUCAUGAACUGCUGUCUGAGUCUGUUGCAAUUCAUAGACCAGAAGCCAAAUGGGGCACUGCAAGAAAUCUGGUCUAAAAUACUACUGGCAAACAACUUGUCCCUGGAAGAGUUCGUGAUCUCGAAAUUAGAAUUGUUCCCCACAGUGUUGACUCAUCUGUUGAAGGAGCUCGCGGGGGUAUCAGAUCAUCACACAAACGAACUGCCCCUGAUCAUCGACUUUUUGAUUGGCAUACUGUACAAUUCCGUACUAGAAAGCGGUGAGAACCAGUUGAAAUUGAAUGCGUUUGGUUUGAGCGCGCACGACCAUACACCACUACCCUGGUUCAUCACACUGGAUAACUUGACAAGCAUUAACGAUCUGUUCUUCCAGUACAAAUUCGAAUUGGCGGAGUCUCAUCAACUGGAGGGGAAGGACCAAGUUAGCGAACAAUUCCUGACACUGCUGAAAAUCCUGUACUACUGUUUCAACAGCGUGAAAGUAUGGUUUGCGGAAAACACGGCAGAGAUUCAGGCCCAGGCGCAGCAGUACGAAACGGCCUCUCAGAUCAACAAGCUGUACGUCGACAAUCACACUGAUUGGAACAAGGUUCUUUGCGAAGUAGGAUACGAACAGCAGUCCAUACAGAUAGCAGAAUUCUAUCAGGACUUGGAAUCCCUAGUGGAAACCUUAGAGACUUUACCACACGACGAUCCCAUGAGCGCCGACUACUACGACAAGUUUUUCGAGAAGUAUGGGUACAAAUUCGCCACGGCACUGUACGAAUACUACUGCCGAACCAACAAGUUGAACGACUUAUUUUAUAGGUUUCCCAAAUGGAAACCAUUACUUGUACAGUUUUUAGGCAACAACCAAGACAAGUACGGCGAGAUUUCGUGGAUUCAAAAUGUCUUUGACGGCGAGUACGAGGCGGCGUCCAAGACUCUCAGUGGGUUACCUUUACUGGGGACACCAAUGGACGCUGGCCAAUUGCAUCUCAAUAUAGCGAAACUGACGGCGUUAGCCGCAGAUGGACCUGACGUAGAGGAGCUCACUAGGAUCCAGGCGAACCUGGACCUUCUCGCCGCGGAGAGGGAUUUAAUGCAUAAUAUUGCGGACGCGGAUUUCACCAUCAACACAUGGUACGCCAAUACGGAUUUCGAAGUGAUCUACGUGAAAGUCCUUCAAGCGCUGAGGGAAACGAAAUGUGUGUCACUGAACGAAGUUAUCGAGUUGUACACAUUGACGUCGUCACAGGAGGCGUUCAUCGAGAGUAUAAGAGUGUUUGCGGCACACAUGAACACGCUGCCUUACGACGUCAAGAAAUAUCUGACUGCUGCCAUUUGGAGACGGUGCAUCCUUCACGACGGGUAUUUCAACGGGUCUGUGGACGACCCGUCUAAGAGUCUGUUGUACGGUGUCCUCGUGUGCUUUUUCGAAGAGCAACUGUAUGAGGAGGGCGAUUUUAGUCUACCGCAGCCCACUCAAUUGAUGGACCACAGUGUUUCGCACGCGGAUCUGCUGACGAACCUGUACGCACAAUACCUGAACGACGGCGACGUCGCUGGACUGAGACGCACCAUCGACGACGACAUCGAGCAGAUCAAGAACCUCGGGGAGUCCCUAACUCUCAAAGUCCAGUCGCUGGUAUCGAACGCAAACGACUCCACGGGGAACCGGUGUGUGGUCGACUACGAAACGAACGAAAUAGUUCAAGCUGUCUAG